GCUGGGUCGGGGACCACAAUGUCUGCUACUACCUCUCCAGGGACCCGGGGAGCUGGGGGUGGAGCCAGGAGCAGUGCUCCUCGCGUGGGGCCUCGCUGGCCGUGCUGAGGAGGGAGUGGGAAAUGGAGUUUCUUUUACGCCUGAAGGGCAACAUCGAUUACUGGAUUGGGCUGCGGAGACGGGGCGAGCACCUGGAGUGGGUGGACGGCAGCAGCUUCAACCAGACGAUCCCAGUGGUGGGUGAAGAACCUUGUCUGUUCCUCAAUGACCAUGAUCUCCUGAGUGCCCGCUGCUUGCAGACACGGCAUUAUCUCUGCAGCAAACCUAUGGCUCCAGUGAGAUCCACGUGACAGAAGUGGUGGAGAAAGGCCCUUCUCCGUGGUGGGGGCUCACAGCUUCCCCUCUUCCAGCAGCACAGAGUGGAGCAGGGAUGUCCUUCCCUCAGCUGCUGCUCUGGUUGCUCCUGGUCUCAGCAGAAACUCGCUGCCAGCUCUCAGGAGAUGAACCUGCAGGUCAGGAGACAUGGUGGGAGCUGCCGUGUGCCUGCCUGGGACCUCAGCAGUGAGUGAGUGAGGGGCUGUUGUGGGUGUGUGGGCGUUUGGGGGAGGUUCCUGUGUUGUGUGUGGACACCGAGGUGUGAGCAGAGCUGUGUCAGAGCAGGACCAAGAGCUCUGGCCAGGGUGGUGAGCUGUUGAAGCAGCUCUGGAGCUUGUUGGAGCAGGCGUGGGGUGGGAGCUGCUGCCAUCCCAGGGCUGGUGGUAGCCGUGUGGGGGCAGGGAUACCUGUAAGGCUGGUGGGACCAGUGUGAGGCUGGGUCAGGGACUGGUGUGGGGCUGGCAGCAGCUCCUGACUCUUGGCUUCUCUCUUUU